AUGGCCUCUUCUGAUGGGGAGGCGGUUCUCGCAGUGUUCCCUGCUCACUGUGAUUACUCUUUGAAUCUGUCCAGUUCUGUACAGGAGUCUGACCUGGGGUUGCUGUCCGGUGCUGACGCCGAGGAACUGGCCAGGUGGCCUCCGCAUACGGGCCACAGCCGGGGCCAUGGCUCCCCAGCCCGCCACCCCGAGAUCAACACACACCCACCAGCUGCCACUGCCACUGCACAUGCUCAGAGCGCAGAAGGGUGGAAAGAAGCAUACGAUACUGGAGUGGGAUUGAUCGUGGCUGCUUUUGUGGAUCCAAUUACACGUCUGGAUGGAGUGGCGGCGGCCGAUCGCGGAAGUGCCCAUGUUUUUGGAGUGGUUUGGAGGCUCACGACGCCCCAGCUCCAAUCAGCGGCCAGAGCUCCACGGGGAACGGACUGCACUCACACUUGCACUCACAUUCACACACCCAGACACCCAACCAUGAGCGCUGUGUACGGAGCAAUGGACGCUCGUGUUCAGAUGCUCACACUGGCUGCGUCCAAAUUGACAGAGACCCUCCCUCCGCCUGGCCUCCCCUCUCUCCGCCUGGCCUCCCCUCUCUCCGCCUGGGGCCCCCACUCGCUCCGGUCCUUAUCAGAUCUCUGCACUGAUGCGGAGGUGUCUCUCGCGGGGCCCUCCUCCGCCGUUAUGAGCUCUGCCAGCCUCGGAGAUAUUGGGCGCGGUGACAAAUGGCGCGGCGAGUCAGACAAACGCGUGGGUGUUCCGCCGCCUCCCGCUCGCGUCCGCCACGUCUUCCCCGAUAACCAUAAUUGCGUUCAAAAAGCCCUGAUUAAAUUCCGCUAG